CAUUUUAAAACAGACUCAUUAUCUAAGAGGAUACUGAAGAUUGAAAUUAUAUUGGUACAAACUAUAUAAAUAGAAUUGGACCUGUCAUAUUUGCAGUCCAUGUGGACUCGUUAAGGCAGUGACAUUAUGAUAUUAAAUCUUGUUCGACAUUAUGUUGCAAAUGAUUAUUUUGUUUAGUUUUGUGAUAGUGCCAGCUUUAUGUUCGCCAGUGGAUCAAUGGAUGCAAACUCUUGGAGAAUUACCGAAAGAAAUCAAUAAUAACAAUACGAUUAAUUCUGAAACUGAUUAUUUGAACUAUAAUAAAUUGGUGUUAUCUUUUGUGGUUUUCAGACAUGGCGAUAGGACUCCGGACCAAAUGGAGUUAGAUAAAUAUCCAUCACAACAAUUUAAUGAUAGUAUUUUCUAUCCAUUCGGAAAGAAGGCUCUGACAAAUAAAGGCAAAGAACGCGCAUUCCUUGUAGGGGAAUAUUUGAGGAAACGCUAUAAUGAUACCAUAUCUCAAUUAUAUUUGCCUGAUGAGAUAUCUGUGCGCACGACAGACUACGCGCGUACUAAGAUGACUGCUCUAAUUGCAUUGGCGGCAAUGUAUCCACCGCAAGCAAUUCAGAGGUGGAACACAAAAUUGAAUUGGCAGCCCAUACCAUACGACACAAUGGCAUGGAAGAAUGACGAUCUUCUACAUUUUAAUAACUGCCCACGAUACGAAGAGUUAAAAAACAAAAUUUAUGAAUUGCCAGCAUUACGCACAGUGAUAAGUUCAUAUGAAAACUUAUUUGAAGUAUUAAGCGCUAAAACGGGAGCGACUAUAAAAACACCUGAAAAUGUUUUCUUUUUGGACAAUUUAUUUCAGACAUUGAAUAACACUGGUGUAUCGCUUCCGCAAUGGGUUGAUAAUCUAAUGCCUAAAAUUAAAGAAAUGACUAAAAUCGAGUAUCUUUGUUUAUUCUACAAUAAUGAAUUGAUAAGAUUAUCUGGAGGUGUACUCAUGGCUGAAAUAAUUGAAGCAAUAGAUGCUGCCAUCGCCGGUAACGAAGAACAAGUGAAAUUACGUCUGUAUUCGGGACAUGAAAAUAACGUAGCAGCCCUCUUAGCGGCCGCAAGAGUAUUUAAGCCACAUCAGCCUAAAUAUGGAUCGACUGUUUCCUUAGAAUCGAGAAAGAAUGUGAAAACAGGAAAAUAUGGAAUAAUGGUUGUAUAUGCCGCGGAAGCAGGAGGUCCCGGUGUUGUAUUACCAAUUGAAGGCUGUGGAGGAAAACCGAUAUGUGACUAUGAAACGUUUCUUACCCUUACUAGAGAUGUGUUACUAUCUCGUAGCGAAUACAAUAAACAGUGUUUAACGCCUUAGUAUAAAAAUCAUAUUAAAAACCGAAAACUUUUAUAUUCUAAUAUGUAAUAAACGA